AUGAGUAAAGCAAAAAUUGAUGAUUUUUUUGAAAAUUUUUUAAACCUUCCCAGUACGAGCAAUAGCACAGAUAACUCAGAUGAUACAAUUGGUUCAGAUACGAGUGUAAAAACAAGUCAUUUGUUGUACGAUAAAGAUUUAGAAUCAGACGAAAAAGAGAACGAAACACAUUUUUCCCCAGAACGUUACGAUAAAGAAAAAGGCAAAGAAAUGUCCCAUUCAGAUAUUGAACUUGGUGUUAGGAGAAAAUUCUUGAAAUCAAUAUUAAAAGAUAAAGAGAAACAAAAUAUUUAUGAAUUCAGAAAAUACCUAUCUGAAAGCAAUGUGUUUUUUACCUUUGUGCAUAUAUUCAUAGAACUAAUAAAUAAUAAGGAGAAAAUUGAAAACCCAUACGAAUAUAUUAUUAACUAUUUUCAAUUAAAUAAAAGCGACAACAAUGAUGUAAAUAAAAAAGAUUUAAUAAAAGAAAAUUUAUUUUACAAAAAACGAAAUGAAGAAUUAGCUAAUAAAAUAAGUGAAGUACACGUAGAAAUUAUGGAUGUUAAAAAAAAAUAUUGUUGUAACGAUAUAGCAAAUUUCUUUUUCAAAAACGAAUUCGAAAAAUUUAGUGCUUGUGAAAUUUUCAGUAAAAUUAAAAAAAAUGACAAAAAUGACGAAAAUGACGAAAAUGCAAACACAGAUAUAUCAUCAUUCUUUUUUACAAAAGACACAUUUUGUCUUUUUUUAAAUUUUCUAAAUCAUUCAACUAGAACCGAAUUACAUGAUUUAUUAAUGCAGAAAACAAGCACACAAGAAUAUUCUCUUCUUUGGAAUAAACUGUUAAAAGGGUUAGAAGAUUUUGUAAAAUAUUAUCUAUCUUUUGAUAAGUUCACCGACGAUGCGUUUCACCCGACAUAA